AUGGAUGCAGUGACAUUCACCGCGGAGUUUACUAGCACGGUUGAGGCCGGGAGGUUGUUCAAGGCUUUGAUCCUUGAUGCACCAAACCUUAUUCCCAAGCUAAUGCCCACCAUUCAGAAUAUUCAACUCGUUGAAGGAAAUGGUGGCCCUGGAAGCAUUCAAGAAAUAACCAUUGUUGAAGGUACUGGCAUCAAACAUGUUAAGCAUAGAAUUGAUGCAAUAGACAAUGAGAAUUUGACAUAUAAUUAUUCAGUGAUCGACGGGGACGGUAAGCCAGAAAUUCUUGAAUUGGUUUCACAUGAGGUGAAGAUUGAACCAAGUAAAGAGGGUGGUUGCAAGAUCAAGAAUGUUAGCAAGUAUCAUCCCAAAAAAGGAGUUGAGAUCAAAGAAGAGGAUUUGAAGGCUGUUAGGGAGGAGGCAUUGGUUGUUCUCAAAGUAGUUGAUGCAUAUCUUGUUGCAAAUCCAGAAGCCUAUGCUUGA